AUGCCCCACAGAGAAGCACUGGGAAUCGACCGCUCGAUCGACAUCCUCCAACAUAUCCGGGACCUACCAGCUGCCGAUCAGCCCACAGCAGUAUCUAAGAUCCAAGCUGUGGAGCGCCGAGCAAUGGCAGACCAGCAACCACAGCCUGGCCUGGUCCGACUAAUGGAUUAUCUCGAGUCACGCGGACUCCGCCGGGCCCUUUGCACGCGCAACUUCGAGACACCUGUCAAGAAUCUCCUUGACAAUCAUCUCCCUGCUCAUGUAUUCUUGCCGAUCAUCACGCGGGAUACACCGAAUCUUCUCCCUAAGCCUGACCCUGCAGGUAUCUUGCAUAUUGCAAGUGAGUGGGGACUGGGCAAUGGUGAGAAUAUGAUCAUGGUUGGUGAUAGUAUCGAUGAUAUGACAUCUGGUCAUAUGGCUGGUGCUGCGACAGUGUUGCUUGUGAAUGAGCGGAACGGGCAUUUGGAGGAACAUCCGCAUACGGAUCUUUGCAUUUCGCAGCUAGAUGAUCUGGUGGAUAUUCUUGAAGAAGGGUUCCUUGGAACAAGAGAGAAUGAUGACGUUGAGUGA